UUCAAGAUGGCGGGGAGAGUUACAGUCCGCAAAAACACAACGAUCUAACAAGAGAAAAUGCUACCGUGAUGUUGUUUAAAUAUCAGUUUCUACUCAUUCAUGGAAUUUCACAGUUGUUAUUAUCUAGAUGUUCGUGGUUUUUUGACAAUGGAGAUGCAAACUUUUUGCAACCUUCUAAAUCCCGCAAAUUUUUUUCAAAUACUGGAAAAGUUAUUGAAAUAUCAAAUGGUUCCAUGGAGGCAUUCAAAGUCUUGCUUAGAAAAGACAAGAUUACUUUUGUACUAUUUUAUGCACCCUGGUGUGGUCAGUCAUGGAUUGCAGCCAAAGAGUUCAAUGAUACUGCUGAAAUGCUUCAUAGAGAGGUAUCCUUCAUCGCCAUUAAUUGCUGGUUAGGCACUUGUUCUCUACAUCAAAAAAUUGAUUUGUAUCCAAAAUUAGUAGCAAUCCACUCACAUUUUCAUGGAGUGGAGUACAGAGGAGUUCUCAAAGCUUUCAAAAUGGUUGCAUUUCUUCAAUCUGUGAUCAGACCAUUUAUGUACAUAGGUACCAAAGCAGAACUUACUUGGGCAAAGCAAAGCCAGGAGCUGAUCAUAGUUUAUUUCAACCAGACAGCAAUUGACAGUGCAAGAUACAGCAUAUUCUUCAGUUUGACAUUGCAUUUUAGUGCAAAAGAGUCCAAGCCUUUGUUCCUUGUUUUGACAAAUGGCAAGCUUGCUUCUGAUGCAGAAGCUGAUAACAGUGGAGUGUCUUACCAUUGCCAUAACAAGGCUGUUAUGAAAUAUCCAUCAAAUUACAACUUCUCAAAGGAAAACCUCACUAACUGGAUUAAUGCAAACAGAUGUGAGCUUGUGGUUCAACUUACACCUACUACAGCAACAAAAAAGAGUCUCGUGCAUCAUCUCAGUAAAGGACCAGCUCUUAUUCUUUUCCUUCCAUUGAAACUUAACAUGAACACAGUAAAUGAGCAUCUGCAGCACACGUAUAUUCACGCAGCAAGUCAGUAUUUUAACGGCUCAUGCGACGUCGCUUCACGUAAAGUAAAUAGCUCCUCUAAACAUUCUAAAGGAGCCAUUAGAAUAUACAGCACUGUAGUGGAAUCAAUACAAUUAAAUGUAGACCAACUAACUACAAGAACUAUGUACCAGAAAGGGCCACUCACUGUCAACAGUAUUGACCAGGGAGAGUUCAAUGUUCUCAGAUCACUACAUCAACGGAUACAUUGGAAUUGCCAGUCAUUUAAAGUUAAAAUAUCGGAUCACCCCUUGCAGAGGAAGAGCUUUAGUAUCUGUAAUCUAUGCCACACACGUCCUGAGCGCGGCCUCCGUAUAGAAACGAACACCUUCAGACUACCGUUUUCUGUUAGAGAUCAUAUUUUGUCAUCAUUAUCCUCUUUUGGUUAUGGCUGCAGCUCCUUUAGACCCCCCUAUUUUGUACGUAUUGUUUCAAGUAUCUGCUGCACUCCCGAGAUGGGAGAAAGCACUAAAGUUUUGUCGUACCUUCGACAAGGGGAGUUUCCGCAGCAAGAAACACGAACGCAAAUGGAUGACAGCGUGAGUGGUAUUUUUGAUGAGUUGAUUAAUUCUGUUACCCCCAAAUUGAAAGGAUCUUCUAUCCCUAAUGACAACUGUGGAGCAAUGGACCCAGUAAGCAAGUUCACUGGGGCAGGUUGCACUAGUAACCGAUCGGUGAAUUUUUUUCUUGUGGAUUCCAUUGAGCACUGGACAGUAGCUGAAAGACUUGGUGUUAGCUGGACUCCUGAGGACAAGAUUGCUUUAGUUAUUGCCGAUUUCAAGAAUGAUGUUCAAUUUGUCCUCGAUAAGAACUUGGAAAUCACAAACUCUUCAAUUGUUGAGUUUAUCAUGGCUUACAUGGCGGGAAAUCUAACGAGACGUUUAAGAUCUGCUCAUGUUACUUCUCAUGGCUGUCCACAAUCACAAGCCUGCGUAGUCGAGGUUGUGGCGUCAAAUUUUAAUGAAGUGGUGUUGGAUGAAACCAAGGACGUUUUCUUGCUGUACUAUUCUCCAUGGUGUGGUUAUUGUCAAGCACUGGGGCCAGUUUUACUAACUGUGGCAAGAUUUUUUAAGAAGCUAACAGGUGUUACCAUUGCAAGGAUAAAUGCGGACGAAAAUGAUCUGCCGUGGAAAUUCCAUGUAAAUCGUUACCCUUCUUUCCUUUUCUUCCCAGCUCACAGGAAAGACUUGUCCAUUCGUUUCCCAGACUCAUUGGAACGAACGUCAGCAAAUAUAAUUAAUUUUAUAUUAAAUCAUGGAUUAAAAGAGAGAAGUGGAGCUGAAAAAACAAGUUUCUCCGAAAGAGUAAGAAGUGAAAUCAGAGAACUUGAAAAAUCACUUUGCCAAGUAGAGAAGGAUAAACAGUUACUUGAGAUUAGAGUUGUGGAAGCACUCAGAACAAAAGAACUUAGGGGCAACGCACAAGACAGAGUAGCGACGCACCUGGAUCAAGAGUAUCAGGGAAUGGAAGAAAAGGUCCAUAAACUGGUGAAAGGAAGCAAAAAGGUUUUAAUCGAUCUUUGGGCCGCGGAAACCAAACUGAAUGAAAAGGGAAAGCAAUUGAGUGGACUGUCAUUUGAGAAAAGGCAUUAUGAGACAGAGAAUGAAGAGUUGUUUAAGAAAAUUAAUAAAGAGAACGUUGCGUUACUUAAACAAAGUAAAGUGUUAGGACAGCUUCAGAAAUCUUUAACAGCGCUAAGAAGAAGGGCAACAUACUUAGAAAUAUCGAAUAACAUUCUUCGAAAUAAAUUUAGAAAGUCAUUCUCAGAAGCUCGAUACCCUAAUUAUUAGAAGCAGAAAUCGUGAGAUGGGUGGUCGAUUUCGAAUGACUUCAAAGGAAAGGAAAGGAAAAUGCUUAAUCACGUAAUUUUAAGUCCUUCAUGAUGCAAAGAAGAGCACGAAUUUUAUAGUUUAUAGUUUACUCCUGACGAAAUAAAAGUAAGACCCGUCA